AGUGCCGACUGAAUUCUGGAACUCAAACCGAAAAAUAUUCCCCAAUAUUUGAAUUUAAAACCCUCAAGAUUCGAAUCUAACAAAAAAUUUGAAACUUCAGUUUAAAAUCCCAAUCCCUCCUCUUUCUCAACGCAUACCAGAGCUCCAUCUGAACCCUAGAUAAUUAACUCCGAUCAGCAAAUUGAAAUGGCAGUGGCGCCACCGGUCACCGGCAAGGAACUAAUAAAUCCUCCGUCUGACGGUAUCUCCAACCUCCGAUUCUCUCAUCACUCCGAUCACCUACUUGUGUCUUCUUGGGACAAAACUGUUCGAUUAUAUGAUGCAAGCGAAAAUGUAUUGAGAGGAGAGUUUACACAUGGAGGUGCAGUUCUUGAUUGCUGCUUUCAUGAUGAUAAUUCUGGUUUCAGUGCAAGUGCUGAUAAUACUGUCAGGAGACUUGUUUUCAACAAUGAGAGGGAAGAUGUUCUUGGACGCCAUGAUGCCCCUGUUCGAUGCAUUGAAUACUCUUAUGCAACAGGGCAAGUGAUUACGGGUAGUUGGGAUAAAACCCUGAAAUGUUGGGAUCCAAGAGGUGCUACUAGUGCACAAGAGCGUGCUCUAGUGGGAACAUAUGCUCAACCUGAACGUGUCUAUUCUUUAUCUCUUGUUGGAAAUCGUGUAGUAGUUGCAACUGCUGGAAGACAUGUUAAUGUUUAUGAUUUGAGGAAUAUGUCUCAACCUGAACAACAAAGGGAAUCUUCAUUGAAAUAUCAAACAAGAUGUGUCAGAUGUUAUCCCAAUGGAACAGGUUAUGCUCUUAGCUCUGUAGAAGGUCGAGUUGCAAUGGAGUUUUUUGACCUUUCGCCAGCUGGCCAAUCAAAAAAAUAUGCAUUCAAAUGUCACCGAAAAUCAGAAGCUGGAAGAGACAUUGUUUACCCUGUAAAUGCCAUUGCCUUUCACCCUGUCUAUGGGACAUUUUGCAACAGGAGGUUGUGA